AUGCUCUCCGCCGCCGAUCACCCCAUCAUCCCUCUCCUCACUGCAGCGCCUUGCUUCGUAGAAGACCCCGACCCAACCGCCACCGCCGCCGCCGCCGCCGCCGCCGCCGGCCGCUGCAGGCUCUCCACCGGCAUCAACCUCUGGCAGAACCAGUCGCCGCAGCAGGCGGCGACGUGGGUUCCCCAGAACUCCUUCCCCCUCUCCAAGCCCACCGCCAUGCCCGUGCUCGAUUCCGCCGGCGCCGCCAUGGCCGGCGUCUUUGGUGGCGCUCUCACCGGGAAGACGACGAUGGGAUUCGGUGGCGGCGACGGCGCUCUAUCCUCCAUCGUGACGUGCCAAGAUUGUGGGAACAAGGCGAAGAAGGACUGCGUCUACCGGCGGUGCAGGACCUGCUGCAAGAGCCGGGGUUUCGACUGCCCUACCCACGUAAGGAGCACGUGGGUCUCCGCCGCGCAGCGCCGCGAGCGCCAUGUCUCGUCCUCCGCCGGCAACGACGGCGGCGCCGGCGGCGAACCCGGGUCGUCCGCCUCCACCUCCACCACCAAGAAGCCGCGGCUGGUCUCGUCCAACGACCAGGGCGCCAUCACCAACACCACAUCCACCUCCAACACCACCACGCCCCCUCGCAGCUUCGAGACCUCCUCCAGUCAGCAAGGUAGGGUUGUAGUUCUUCUUUUACUUCGGAGGAUCUUGUUGCUCAUCUGUUCUUCCGCUAUUGUUGCAGAAGGGAGCUUCAGGGACGGCCUUCCAGGGCAGGUAACCGCGCCGGCGGUGUUCAAGUGCGUGAGGGUUACGAACAUGGAGGACGGGGAAGAUGAGUACGCCUACCAAGCGAUGGUGAGAAUCAGUGGCCAUAUCUUCAAGGGCUUUCUCUACGACCAGGGCCCGGCUGAGGACACGGCCGACGCCGCCAAUGACGACGGCCGCGGCAACAGCGACACCAACAACCGAAUCGGCGGCGGCAUCCCCAACAUCUCCGAGCUGCACCUCGGCGGCUAUGGGCGGGGUGGCGGCGCCUCCGAUCUGUACGCCGCCGGACUCGGCGGCGGCCUGAUGGGAGGUACACCCUAUGGGAAACCCAUGAACUGA